AUGACUGAAGGAACGGUUCGACGUACAACAAAUACCGAUGAUAAUUCAUCAAUAUCAAAUCGAUUAACACGUACAACAAUACGUGAAGCAAAUAAUCAUUUACAAAUGUUAUAUGCACGUAAUCAAGAAUUAGAACAAAUAAUUAAUGAACAAAAAGAAGAAUUAGAUCAAAAAGAUCUUGAAUAUAAAAAAUUAUCAAAAUCAAAUCAAUUACUUGAACGACAUUGUCAACAAUUACAAGCAUUACUUGAUGAUCGAACACAACGAUUAUAUGUUUAUGAACGAAAAGAAGUAUUAUUUCGAGAAACACUUGAACUAAAACCAGCUAUCGAAUCAUUACUUGAUGUAUUAAAUACAUUUGAACAAGUAGAUAAUGCAUCAUUGUCAUCCAUUUCAAUUAAUGCUAAACCACUUCAAUUUAUACCACCAACUAGUAAAAAGAACAAUACUGAUGUCAAUCAUCGAAUAGAUACAGUUUAA